AAACGAAGAAGUGCAGUCAAAACGAAUGUAUUGAAUCGUUUGUGAAUGAAUCGGCGGUCAAAAGUGAAUGAAUAUUGUGACGCCAUUUUGAGUACACUCAGAAUAACAAAAGUGCUAAUUGCCAAGCAUUUUGAUUGUGGACUGCUUCAAAGUGAAAGUCAAUCUAGAGUUGUCCCAUCCAGCAAUAAAAAAUAUCAAAUGAUUUACCAGAAGCGAAACGCGAUACAAAAGUGCUUGAAAAGACGAAUAAGUGGCAAAAAAAAUUAAAUAUUUUCAAAUACUAAAAGUGCUGAGUGCCAAAAGCAGUGUUGAGCAACGCCGCGGGUUGAUCUGUUUAAAUGAUUAUGCAUGGUACCUGGUACAAAGGACCACAGCUGGCGCAUCAUCCACACACCGACUACCAUCAGUUCCGAUCGUAUCCCUCGUUCGUUGUGACACCCUAUCACGAGGGACAUGCGGCCACGCCCUGCCCGCCCACGCCCUGUACACCGUGCAACAGCAGCCACAGCAACAGCAGCAGCAGCAACCAUGCCGCAACUGGACUUGGACUCAAUCUUGGACUUGGCCAGAGCACAGCCGAGGGGACGCCAAUAAUUGCUGCUGCAGCCGCUGCAGUUCCAGUUAACGGAACGGGAACGGUAACGGGAACGGGAACAGUGAGUGGAACGGGAACUGCAUCUGGGAGCACGCUGCUGAGUCCGGCCAUUAAAAUCGAGCAGGUUUUUGGCGAGGCAUCUGCCAACUCAUCGCUGGGCGCCGUUGUCGAGGAUUAUGCCCUGAACUUGGACUGUCCCGUGGAGCAUCAGUUUCGGAAACCCCAACACAGCAACAGCAACAACAGCAACAACAACAACAACGGCUACGCCUGGUCAACGAGCAACGGGCCGCAAAGCGAAGUCGUCAACAACAACAGCAACAACAACAAUCAACACAAUUCACACCAAACAGGCGCUACCGGACCUGGCUCAGGACUAUUGCCGGGCUCUGGUCCAGCGACGCCGCCAACGCCGCCCGUGGACGCCAGCCAAGCGACAGCCGCUGGAUCCGCAAUUAAUUUGAAUCAGCCCGCAACCCAGACGCGUACGAACUACGGCAAUUCCGUAAAAUCACCACCGGAAGCAGGCAACGCGCAGCCAACAGCAGCCGCUGCCACCUGCAGAACUCACGACAGCAGCAGCAGCAACAGCAACAACAACUGCAGCAACAACAACAGCACAACUGCUGCCGCUGUAGCCGCUGCCGCCGCUGCUGCCGCCGCUGUCAACAUGCCGAUCGGCGGCGUGCAGGGACAGAAUCCCACCCAGGGCCUGGUCCAUUGGAUGAGCGCCGUGAUGGCCGAGCACAUGACCGGGCAGACGCAUCACGAUCCCGGCGCUGCCGUUGGCAUGCACUACAUGUGGAACGGCAAUGUCGAUCAUGCCAAGGAAAUUAGCGAUUACAAUCUUUGGCCACCGACGCCGCGCAGCCAUCAGCAUGCCAGCGAGCAUCAUCCGAUGUCCCUGAAACAGGAAUACGAGGCCAAAAUGAAUGAUCACCACCAUCACAAUAAUCUGCAAAAAGGUCACUUUCUGGAUGACAACCGUCUGGAGCAUCAUGCGGCGGUCGCCGGACAAGGCAGCCUGGGACUUGGUAGCGGCGUCAAUGGCUCCGGCUCUGGCCCUGGCGGUGGCAACUCUGGCCUCGGCGGCGGCUCGCAUCAUGGCAAUCAUGUCUCCGCCGCCGCUGCGGCCGCGGCGCAUCAUCACAACAACGCGGUGGCAGCUGCAUCGGCGGCCGCGCUGCUUGUCGUCCCGCAGCCGAUCAAUGCCAGCAAAAUGGGCGGUCCCGGUGUGGGCGCUGGCGGUGGGCAUGGCCCCGCCGGCGGCAGUGGACGCAAGUAUCAAUGCAAAAUGUGCCCGCAGAUCUUUAGCUCAAAGGCGGACUUGCAGCUGCACACGCAGAUCCAUAUGCGUGAGGCGAAACCGUACAAGUGCACGCAAUGCUCAAAGGCGUUUGCCAACUCGUCGUAUCUGUCGCAGCACACCCGCAUCCAUUUGGGCAUUAAGCCGUAUCGCUGCGAGAUUUGCCAGCGCAAGUUCACGCAGCUGUCGCACCUGCAGCAGCACAUACGCACCCAUACGGGCGAUAAGCCGUACAAGUGCCGGCAUCCCGGCUGCCAGAAGGCCUUCUCGCAGCUGUCCAAUCUGCAGUCGCAUUCGCGCUGCCAUCAAACGGACAAGCCGUUCAAGUGCAACUCCUGCUACAAGUGCUUCUCGGAUGAGCCCUCGCUGCUGGAGCACAUACCCAAGCACAAGGAGUCGAAGCAUCUGAAGACGCACAUCUGUCAGUACUGUGGCAAGUCGUAUACCCAGGAGACCUACCUGACCAAGCACAUGCAGAAGCAUGCGGAGCGCACGGACAAGCGGCCGCCCAUUGCGCCGGGCAGCGCAGCAGCCGUUGCCGCUGCGGCCGCUGCUGCUGCUGCUGCCGGCGGGCAGACGAGCAAUGCAUCAACAGCGGCGGCCAGCAACACGCAGCAUCAGCGCAACAAUCUGGUGUUGCCACCCGUUUCAAUAGCGCCUAGCGACAACAGCUACUGGCCAAAGGUAAGUCCGGACUCUGCAGCUGCAGCCAAUGCCAUGGAGGUUAUGCAUCAGCAGCAGCAACAGCAGCAGCAGCAGCAGCAGCAACAACAGCAGCAACAACAGCAGCAGCAACAACAGCAGCAGCAACAACAGCAACAACAGCAGCAGCAGCCGCAUCACCAUCACACGCAACUGGGCGUGCCACCGCAGCAGCAGCAACAGCCGCAGCACCAUCACCCACAGCAGCAGCAACAGCAACCACCGCCCCAGCACAGCAUGGAGGCGCACUAUGCCCAACCGACAGCGCCCAACAGCAACCAGAGCAAUGGCCAUCCGCCGGAUCAGCUGCAGCCGCAUCAUCGCAUCAUGCCCGACCCUGUGCGCGAGGAUAUUGUAACCACGCCCAGCACUGUGGGGCCGUAUGAUGCGGCAUCCAUAACGAAAACCACCAGCAAUUCGGCCUUUACGCCGAUCAACUCGAUGCCGCCGCACCUGAACUCACUGAGCCACCAUCCGAUGGCGCAGCGUCCCUAUCUCUAUGAUGCCAUCAGUUUUCCCAAUAAGAAUGUCAACCAGAAUAAUGCCAAUGCCUUUCCCAAUCAGCUGAUCUCGCUGCAUCAGAUACGCAACUAUGCGCAUCAGCCGGCGGGCCUGAUGGCCGGGGAGCAUCUGCUCGGCGUAAGCGUCGGGCCUGGCAAGGAUAAAGGAUAGCUAACGUCGUAUUUUUAAGUUGGCCACGCCCCGUCUUCUUAAGUUCUUGUACUUAGCUGCAUAUUUGAUAUAGUAUAUACAUAUAUAUGUAUACAUAUAUCAGAUAUUUCGUUAACCGCCGAUUUGUAUGCAAUACGAGCUGAGGCCCGUUUAAUUAGUUUCUAUAAGGAGUGUCGCGCAUCCUGUACAGUAUUAAUUUGUAGUUAGUAACUCCUAGUGUGUACUAUGACUUAGGUUACAUAUAUAUAUACACACACACACACACACACAGUUCUUUUAAGUUAUAUUACGAUAAACAAAACUGUAAAUUGCCAAUUAUACGUAUUAAUUAUUCUAAUUUAACUACACCGUCCAAAUUAAUUUUAAAACUCAAUUACUGAUUGGACUUCCUGUGGGAACUAUGGCACUUUACUUUGUGCGUAUUUGCUGAAUUUAUAUAAAUAGAAUUGCUGUUUGGAGCUAUUUCAGAAUUUGGUUACAUAUUUUUAUCUGUCCGAUUCGUUUAGUUCCCUGGAGAGCGUCAUAAACUCAUAACAUGUAGUUUAACAUGUUGUUAAUGUCGAUUUCUCCCGCUGGUCUUCAUGUUAAGCUAUCAAGGUGGUUUAUUUACCUAGUAAAUAGUUGACAUAAAGAUUGCAUACUGCAAGCAAGUUCGAUUAGCGCUUUUCGUGUUCAUGUUAAGCUUACAAGAUGGUUUAUUUGGCUGGUAAAUAUUUGACAUGCAGUGUUACCACCUGGUAAACAAAAUAUUUACUGUGCUUGUAGAAACACAUAAAGAUUAACAGUUUAAUAUUAUGAACCGCCUGAUCAACUUUAUGUCAAAUUCAACGUUAGCCCCUUGGAUGUGUAACUAGCCUAUAAACCUUAAAGGUAGCUUUAUCAUUUCAAUACCCUUUCAAGAAUCCUUGUGAACUUUAGUUUAAACAUAUUUCAGUUCUCAGAGCUCUUGAAGUGCAUAUGUAAAUAUUUUUAAACGUCACAUUCUUAAGAUGUAGUUUUAUUCCAUGCGCAAAACAGAUCUCGCAGUAAUAUCUUAAAUCAAAUGGCAGCAUUGAAAUCAAAGCUAAUGUAAACUAUAAACUAUAAAAGUUAUGUACAUAUACAACUACUACGAUUAGUACUGGCAAAAGAUAAGUAAUCCAUUAUGUAUCUACGUGUAUCGUAUUGAAUACAAAAAUUUCUUAAAGAAAUUUUCAAAUUUUCAAAUAAAAACAGAAAAACACAGUUGGGAAUUAGAAUAUUGAUGUGUUUACAACCUAUUAAAGAAACUAUGCGAUAGCUUAAAGAAGUAAAAACAAACUAUUUUGAAUUAAGCCUAAGAGUUGAUACUAAAUAAUACUAAAUUUCGAAUGUUCAAAACCGCGAGAAAAAAAAAUACUGUUGAAAUAAAUAUUUUUGGUAAGACUGAAGUGAUCAAAAUUGAAAAAUCAAGAGCAAAAAUUUGAAUACAAAUUUAAAUAUAAAGUUUUUAUGGAAAACUAAAGUAUUAGCUAAGUGAACUCAACUAAAUGUGUCCUAAAAUUCAUACUAAAUGUCAGUAAUUAAUGAACUAACAAUUAUGCAUUACAUGACGAAAAACCAACAUAAACGCAGAUGAAAGAAAAUAAUUUAAACAAAUAGAAUAUAAUUCCGCAAAUCUCAAUGUAUAAAAACUAAACGCGAAAUAAUAAUAAUUAAUAACAGGAAACGGCAUAAAUAUUGAAUACUAAACUUAAGCAUAGCAAAUGGAAGCAGGCCACAAAGAAAGAUGCGUCAAAGGUUUAUGCGGACGGAAAAGUUUAGUACUUUACAAAAUAUAAGUAAAUAAAACUAAUUACAUAUAUAUAUAAUACACUUGUGUAAUUGCCAAGUAGUAGAUGUGUGUGUGUUUUAGUUAAUGUAAAUUCACAUUUAUUUCUAGCUCUUAAAUUAAACCAUAAUAAAGUGAAUUCAAUGU